AUAACCAUGUGAGAGACUGUUCUCCAGUAGUCGAGGUUUUGCGGGAAAUGUCUUGAGGUUUCUGUUGAUUUUGACGUCAUUUCGAAUCUGAAGAUUUACCGUGUUAUCACUUAGCAUGCCGGAAUCAAGAACUGCUUGAUCUGAUGGUGUCUCGGAUAAGCCCAAGGGAGGCAAACAAACAACAUGUGCGCUGCCAGAAGUGUUUGGAGAUGGGACACUGGACAUAUGAGUGCACAGGGAAGCGGAAAUAUGUGCACAGACCAUCAAGAACAGUUGAGAUGAAAAAGAAGCUCAAGGAGAAUGAAAACAAACCCCUCAGCAUCACUGGACCAGGAAGAGAAGGAUCCAGUGAGAAGAAAAUAAAAAAGAAGGCAAAAGACACGAGCGACAGCAGCAGUGAUUCAGGAGGCUCCUCCAAUGACUCAUCUUCAGACAGCAGCGACUCCUCCAGCUCCUCUUCAGAUGACAGCGACAGCAGCAGUGACAGCGACGAUGACAGCUCUUCCUCAUCUUCCUCUUCUUCCUCCUCCUCUUCAUCUUCAGACAGCUCAGACUCAGGAAGCAGCAGCGAUUCAGAUCAAGGACCUCCAAAGAAGAAGAAAAAGAAGAAAUAAAUAUUUUGGAAGAAGUGGGGUUUCUUGCUGUUAUUUGUUUCUCAAAGUUUUUUUUCUUUUUUGGAAACCCAUCACAGCUGAUUGGAUCUGAACGAUUUGGACAGUUACACAGCUUCGUCAAUACCGGAUGAGAGGAGAACAAGGGACUAUUUUGAGUUGGCCAGCGUGACACAUGUUCUGUUUUCAAAACAUUCCCCCUCUUACUUCUACUAGCGCUAUAUUUUCUCAAGUUUGUAGUUCUACUAAGAAUAUAAACUUUAAAUAUCCGAGGAAACGGAUUUGCUUAUUGAUGUUAGAUCUUGGGAUUUUGUACUUGAAUAUAUUUUUGGUCAAAACUUAAUCUGUACAGCUCACAACCGUUAUAGAGCAAUGCCAUACCUGGAGUAGAAAGCAUAAAACAUAAUGUGACCUUUAAAAGGAUACUGAAUAUGAGUUAUGUUUUCUUAAAUUUUGAAUUAGUUUAAAGUUAGAAAGUCUUGUUGCUAAGAUUACAUUUGCUUGUUUCACUGUGAAAUAAACUUGGCUUGUUCUUAUUUCAUAUUUUAAAAAAAAUUCUGACCUUACUCUUUAAGGUGAAUAUAAAGUGUUUUGUAAUGGUUUUCUUGCUAGCAUUGAAUUUCUUAGAGCCUACAGUGUCUUUAAGGGUCCCUGAAUAUGGGAUCAUUUUUGAAACCGAGCCCAUGAUAAUGAUUUUGACAAUAAUGAUAAUGAGGAUGAAUUAGGAUGUGUGGAUGACCACAAAACUGUAUUUAAUGUCACAGCCUAGUGAUUAAAAUGUGCAGAUCAA